AUGGUGCUCGACCAGCUCACAGCCCCAGCGGCCUUCUUGCCCCUCGUCGCAGCACUGGUGCUUCUUGGCCUCGUCCUUGUACGUCGCCGGGGAACCAAAUACACAAACCUCCCAGCUGGACCUCCAUCACACUGGUUCAGCGGGACAGCCCUACCGGCCUCUCACCCAUGGCGCUGGCUGUACGACCAGUCACGCCAGUACGGCCCUCUUAUGACGAUUUGGCGUGGCAGCUCGCCUACCAUCGUUGUCUCGACGGUCGACGCGUGUGACUUUGUCCUCGAGAAGAAUGCGCGCGACACUGCCGAUCGCCCACGUCAGAUUAUGGGCGACGAGAUCAUGUCACACAACAAGCGUAUCCUCCUCGUCUCUCAUGGUGACCGCUGGCGCCGCCUGCGCAAGGCCCUCCACGCCCCACUCCAGCCCCAGAGUGCGCGCGAGCUCCGUCCACUGCAGGAAGGCAUUGCACGCUCGGCCGCCCUGGACAUCCUCCGCGACCCGUCGCGCUUCCAGGACCACAUCCAGUCCUAUGCUGCCACACUGGUCGUUCACAUGGCAUACGGUCGCAGAGGUCGCGCAUACUACUCUGACCCCGAAAUCCGAGAGGUUGUCGAGGGCUCGAAGCGUCUGGGUAUCACCCUCCGCCCGGGAGCCUUUGCCAUCGAGUCGUACCCAUGGCUCCGAUACUUCCCAGGCUACCUCAAGUCGACCGGCGUUCAAAAGUGGGCUGAUGACGAGCUGGACCUCUUUGUUGGCGCCCUGCGUGACGUGAAGGCUCGCCUCGCUUCCAAACAGCCGGUCGCAGACUGUUUUGCAAAGUAUCUCCUUGAGCACCAGCGCGAGUUCAACCUGGAAGACGACGAGAUUGCCUAUCUCUGCGGCUCAGUGUUUGGUGCCGGAAGCGACACGUCCUCGUCCGCCAUCACCAUCUGCGUCAUGGCUGCAGCCGUGUUCCCGGACCAGGCGGCGCGCGUGCGUGCCGAGCUCGACAAGGUCGCUGGUGGCCGCAUGCCUUCGUUUGACGAACUGGACAUUGAGUCGGCACCGAUCUUGCGAGCCUUCAUUGCCGAGUCGUUCCGCUGGCGGCCCGUCAGCAGUGGUGGGUUCCAGCACAAGACCACUGCGGACAUUGUGUACCGCGGCCAGCUCGUACCCGCCGGUGCAGCCAUCAUCCCCAACCACUGGGCGAUCCACCGUGACGAGGCGUACUACGGUCCCGACGUCGAAGCGUUCAACCUGGACAGGUGGCUCGACGCCGACGGCGCCUUCAAGACCAGCAUGAAGCACGUCCAAUUCGGGAUGGGCAGGCGAGUAUGCCCUGGCCAGCACGUCGCCCACAACUCGGUCCUCAUCAAUACCGCGUUCAUGCUGUGGGCGUUUGACAUCGGCCACGCGGUUGGCAACGAUGGCCGCCCAGUCCCCAUUGACACCCUCGCGUUCACCAACACGGCCAACUCGCACCCGCUCCCGUUCAAAGCGCAGUUUGUACCACGCCACCCCAACCUUGAGCAGCUAAUCCUCGACAGCGGCGGCGAGGACAUUGAGGAGUAA